CUCGAACAUUGUGAUUAACAAUUUGAUAAUGACCUGGAAUAAAGAAACGUUACUGCUGCGUUAGAAGUGCUGGCUAUGUGCAAGUUAAAGCUUUACCUUCGCGCCGAAAAGUUUUACACUUCGUUGGAUUCAGAUUCUCGUUACGUGGGAAAGCACCCGGUGUAUUGAACCACAAACAAGGGACAUGAUAAAAGCAUGCAUGUCCUAUGGGUAAACAAUGACAGCAAUAAAACACGCAUUACAACGUGAUCUUUUCACCCCACAAGACGAACGACUUCUGGGUGUCGUCCAUAUUGGUAAGGCUGGUGGAAAGAAAAAGAAAGCGAUUUUAUGCGCGUCAGUAACCACUGAACGACCAGUCGAAGUUUUCAUCAGCAAGAUUAAAAGAGCGGAGAAAGGCGAUACUUAUAAAAAGCAAAAGGUUUGGCAUCUCAAGGAACUUAAAGUGGUGAAUGGGAAAGAAAUUGGGGGAAAAGAAUCCACUGAAUUUGACCUUCAGUUUGAGAAGAACUUCAAAUGGUCAGCCACAAGUGUUGGGGAGAAACAUAACUUCUUAUCAUGUUUGUGGAAGCUCUGCCAUCGGUAUUUACCCCGCCAACAGAAACCAGCAUUUUCUAAUGUUCCUCAAAGCAUCUUGGAAGUGUCGGUUGCCGGGGGCGACACCACACGAGGGGGUUCAACAGCAGGAGUCGAAGAUGAUUCCCUCGAAGAUUAUCAGGCAUUGACUGAACAAGAAGAAACCGACCUUGAGCGAAUGAUCACUGAGUGUGAGUUUGCCAUCAGCGAUGCAGAAGCUUUCACAAACUCGCUGUCCAAAGAUUUAUCGGUUCUUGACGGACAAAACAUUCAUUCAAUAAUGGGUUCCGAGGCUCAGGUGAACUCACUCAUGGUAUUACUGGACAACGCUCUCGCUGAAGUUUCCCAGAUCGAGUCACGGUUGGAUGAAUACGAUCACAUGGUUGGGGGUAUAGCAACGCAGAUGGGACAAAUGAAAAACCAAGAAUCAUUUAUUCAAAUCACUAACAAAAACCACACAAGGUUGUUGGAGCAACUCGAUACCUUGGUGGUACAACUAGAUCUCUCCAAAGGUCAUGUAAAAGCACUUCGGGAAUCGGACUUACGUACCGACAGUGGUAUAGAAGCGUGUACGAGCGCUGCUGAAGCUUUGCAGGAAGCUAUGGAGGUUGAAUUGCCCAAAGGUCUUUCAAAGCUGAAUGCCGUAAAAGAACAACAGAAGUUAUUUCAUGACUUGCGACAAAAGUUCGCUGCUCGCAUAUUUGAACAUCUCAAUAAUGUCUUCGUAAGACAGGGCAGUGAUCAACCUGGUGCCUCGUUAGCGAAGCAAGCAAGUGGUUUAAAGUUACCCAAACACUUUCCCUACCAUAGAGAUCUUCUACCUUAUCGACAACUUAUACUUUGGCUCAAAGUUGCUGAUAAAACUAAAUAUACGCAGCUGUCUACGACUUACACUCAAAGUUUAAACAAGCUCUAUACACAAGAAAUUAAAGAUUUUAUGGCAACAGCAAAACAAAGAUUCAUUCAACAAGCCAUACUAGAUGUGAACAGUGGUUCAGGUUCUUUACAAUCAACCUCACGUUCAACGUUGUCACUCGCUGUUCCAAUGUCCGGUGAACAAAAAUCAAGACAAAAGACAUUAAGCAAAAAACUAAGCUCAAGUAUUCGCAAUUUAUCGGGAUCCCAACAAAGCUUGUCGAAAGAAAAACGGAAAAUAUUUGGAUCAACACAGAGUUUGGCUGUGAAAGCUGUCGGGAAAAAGCUUCGAUUCGGGCAUAAGAAAAGAACACUAGGUGGAAGUAGAGAGUCAUUGGCAACCUCAGAUUUUGAAUUAUCAGAUAGGGAGAAGUUUAGUUCGACUUUUCGUGAAGUAUUAAACGAACUUGAACCAACAUGCCAGGAUGAAGAAGUUUUCCUCACCAAGUUCUUCCAUCUUAAUGUUGAGAGUGCCGAUACCAUGAUGCCGGGAGGGUCAGAUGAUGAGGAAGAUGACACGGAUCAAGGAAUCGCAAGUCGGAAGAAGUAUCAGGAGGCACAAGUAACAAAGGAAAUUCGGCCAGCCAACAUUGUGUGGAGAAUGAUGACUGAAAUCUUCUCUGUUGUUGAAUCUGAGUUAUUAUCAUUGGUAGCGUUUGGUGAAGACCUUGAUCCAUUGAAUUCACUUAAUAUGUUGGUGGUUAUCGGACAAAGGGUUUCUCAAGCUCAGCAGGUCAACGAUGGAUCGUUUCUUGCCAAGAUGCUCGGGAAUUGUUUGAUUGAAGUGAAAAGAAAUUUUGACAAUUUCAUCAAAAACAAAGUCCGGAUGGUUCAAGAGAGCCACGUUAGCAAAGGGAAGAAGUGCGGCAUCCUCCCCUUUGUUCAGGAUUUUGAGGACUUUGUUGGACUCGCUGAAAGCAUCUUCCGCGACUCUGGGAGGAGAACGGACAUCGAUAAAGCUUACAGCACCCUUAUUUGGGCCGUGUUUGAAACAAUUGAGAGAGUAUCCGGUGACAGCCAGAAAACACCGGCAGAAGUUGUAAUGUUCGAGAAUUAUCAUCAUUUACUAAAUUGUUUGUCGAGUUUAAAGAUUGCUGCGCUUGAAAACGAGAAGAAGCAAGUCCGAGUUCGAUACAAUGAAAACUUUAAUAGUUACGUUACAACUAUGCUGGGGAGGCCAUUGGAGAAACUAAGUAAUUUCUUCGAAGGAGUCAAGCAAGUAAUAGAUGGUGGACUUCGCCCCGAAGAAGUCGGGUUUCAGCUUAAAUACAGCAAGCAAGAGUUGCGUAAAUGCAUCAAGGAAUAUAGUGGUAAAGAAGUGAAGAAGGGACUGGAAUCUGUUUAUCAUAAAAUCGUCAAACAUACAUCGGAAGCCGACCAUAUGUUGUUAAGGGUUGUAUGGCAGGACAUGCAGAAAGAGUUUAUUCGUCAAUACAAAGACUUUGAAGAUUUAAUCGCGAAAUGUUACGCUGGAAGUCAGAUCAAGUUGGAAUUCACAAUCGAUGACGUUUUGAAUUAUUUCUCUGACAUUGCAUUGGCACAGUAGAUGCUUGAUUGACUUUAUAAACAGUGGGUUCAAUAUAUGCGGCACUGUAACACUUUACCAAACUGAAUGUAUGACUUACAUACACCUGCCAUGUAGUAUAAAGUAUUAGGCGCCAGAAUUUUUAAAAUGCAGGUGGGAGGGAAGUUAGACACACAAACCUGUGAGACAUAUCUGGCUUAUUGGUCGUAAUGUGACCCUGCCACCCCAGGUUUGGCGACUAUAACAAUUUAAACAACAUGAGUACCAUUUUUGAUAAUAGACAAAAACUUUAACAAAUUUAGACAUUUUUAUAUGCUGUUUACAUGUUAUGGUGCAUUGUUACAAUAGUGAUGGUGUUAUCAUAUGAAAAAUUGUUGUGAUGCAUCAGUGAUAUGAUCAUAUGAAUCUAUCACGCCAUGAUUGAUGUGCAAUCCUCUUAUUUGUUAUUCCUAUAUAUUAUUAUCUUGUUAUAAAUAUAUGAAUGCUUUGAUUUUUGUUUAUUAUUGUGCAUAGCUUAACCAUUAAAAUAGUGACGCAAAAGUUAGCAUCAUUUUACAGACUAUGUCAAUAAUUUGUCUUAGGUAUAAACUUACCAAAACUUUAGACUUUGUUUUCAAAAUGUUUCGCUAAAUAUAAAGUCAUAUUUUUGUUAGACUCUGCAUAUGAUUUCAUUUUGAUUCUAUUUAUAUCAGGCACUGUUUUUUGAAUGUGAACUUGAGUCUUAAAGCUUCUAAAAAGAUUCUUUCCUGAAGUUAAUUUUGUUGCUUUGAUUGCUGUUAAUGCAUUAAUGUUUGAACCAGCGGUUCUUAAUCUUUUUAACCCAAGUCCCAUUUGUUGGACACUAAACUCCCAACCCAUCAAAACCAUUACACGUUGAUUUGUUCAUUGGUGUAGUAUGUGUAAAGCUAUGGCUUAUUUCUCAACUUCAUUAUUUAUCUGCAG